ACAUCUUCUAUCGUCAUCUUAAUUACAGGAAUAAAUCCAAUCUAAUCCUUAAAAUAAUGGAGAUGUCUUUGCGGCCAUCUCCGAUCUUUCUCUUCUUUCUCGUCUCUGCUUUUCUCUUCAUCCAUGGCGUCCGCUCCAUAGGUGUUAACUAUGGAACCCUGGGCGACAACCUCCCGCCGCCGACGGAAGUCGCCAGAUUCCUCAAGGAAAAGACGGUCAUCGACCGCAUCAAGAUCUUCGACGUCAACCCCGACAUUCUCCGGGCGUUCGCCGGCACCGGAAUCCUGGUCACCGUCACCGUCCCCAACGGCGAGAUUAUCCCCCUCAAGGACGCCGGAUACGCCGCCCAGUGGGUCGCCGCCAACAUCAAGCCGUUCUACCCGGCCACGAAGAUCAACAUCAUCGCCGUCGGCAACGAGGUUCUCCACUGGGGCACGCCGGAGAUGCAGAACGGCCUCGUCGCCGCCAUGAGGAGCUUGUACAACGCCCUGGUAAAAUCUGGGAUUAAGGAGAUUAAGGUUUCGAGCCCGCAUUCUUUGGGGAUAAUGUUGCGGGCCGACCCGCCGAGCAUGGGCCGGUUCAGGCCGGGUUGGGAUGUCGGCAUUCUCGCCCCGAUGCUCAAGUUUCUCCGGGAAACUAACGGGCCGUUUAUGGUUAACCCGUAUCCGUACUUCGGGUACGCCCCGGAUAAAGCGGAUCUGGCCUUAUUCCGGCCGAACAAGGGAUACGUGGACCGGUUCUCCCGGCGGACGUACGGAAACAUGUUCGAUAUGCUUCUGGACGCGGUUUUCAUGGCGAUGAAGCGCGUGGGGUACCCGGACGUGAAGAUAAUCGCGGCGGAGACGGGGUGGGCGUCGGCCGGAGAGGUGUACGAGCCGAAGUGCACGGUGGAGAAUGCGGCGUCGUACAACGGCGGGCUGAUGAGGAAGUACGCCUCCGGCAAAGGUACGCCGUUGAUGCCCCGGUCCAAGAUCGAGACCUAUAUUUUCGCAUUGUUUAACGAGAAUCAAAAACCCGGUUCGAAAGCCGAGAGGAACUUCGGCCUUUUCCGACCGGAUUUCACCCCGGUUUAUAAUGUCGGAAUCUUGAAAGCCCAGCCGGCUCCGGCUCUCCCCCACCCUCGCCCGAAUCCUAAUCCCCAGCCUAAGCCUAAGCCAACACCGGGACGAACAGGCAAAUUCUGCACGCCAAAAGCCGCAGCAACAGAUGCGCAACUCCAAGCCAACAUAAACUACGUCUGCGGCCAAGGCGUGGAUUGCCGGCCGAUCCAACCUGGCGGCGCGUGCUUCAACCCAAACACCGUCCGUUCUCACGCUGCCUACCUUAUGAACACUUUCUACCAGACCAAGGGCCGUCAACCCUUCCAAUGUGACUUCUCCGGCACCGCCACCAUAACCUCCACUGAUCCAAGUCACGGUUCUUGCAAAUACCUAUCUUGAUGGAUGCAUGCCGCAUGGGCGGGGAGAUGGAGAGUGAGGAAUAACCAGUUUGGAGGAUUAGGUUGUUGAUGACACAAUGAAGUAUUUAUCCAUUUGUUGUCAUGGCUAAUUAAUAUAUGCAAUACAAUACUCCGAUGAUGAUGAUGGGUAGUCUAAAUGCAGAUAUGCAUAUGGUUGCCUGGUUUAUCCUAGUAUGUCGGUGUUUGUGGUGUACGAGGUUAGAUCAGUUGGAACUUCAUUGUCUCGUAUGUAAUUUAACUUUAAUUUGCAUAUUCAUUAUAUUGUUGAAUUGAAUGACGUUUUAUGUUGUUGUACGCUUGAGGAAGAUGGAGACGUGUAUACAAUCCUCGUGCGAUUUGUGUCUA